AUGUUUACAGAGCAGGAGAAACAAAUACAUAAAAUUAAUCAAUCAUAUAUUGCAGAGUUAACUUCCAAUUUUCAAAAAUAUAAAAAUCAAACAAUGGUAGUCUAUGUAAAUGAUCAAUGGUGUUUAUUUCCAAAAUCACCAGAUGGAUCAAAAGAGAUAAAUAAAUUCAUUGUUUCAGAAACAGAGGGUAAAGUUUUUUCAUCUCAUGAAGAACUUCAAAAAUUUGUAUUUGAUAUCUUUAUAUAUAAUUAUGCUUAUCCAUAUAAGGAGAAGAUCAGUAUUGAACCUAUUUCAAACUCGUUAAUAUCAACUUAUCCAAAUAUGGGAGCUACUGAUGAAGAAUACGAAGAGUAUAAAUUAAAAGAAAAGAAUGAAACAUUAUUAUUAAUGAAAAAUAUGGGACUAAUUACUAAGUUAAAAAGAGAUGAACGUGUAAUACCUCAUUUUUUCAAAUUUGAUAAAGAAAAGAAUAAUUGGCAAGUAUUGGGGAUAUUAAAUUAUCAUCAAGUUAUAAGAUAUCUUAGUUUUUUCGAUGGUGAAAACAGUAUUAAACAAGCUAAAGUUAAAUUUGCAAAUAUGACAUUUAAAGAAAAGUUAGAAGUAGAACAAAAGGUUGUUGAAUUUUUAAAAACUGGGAAAUUAUUGCAUAAUAAGAAAAUCAUAAAUUUGGAAGAUAAAUUUAGACCUAGUAAAAAGGACAAGUAUGAAGGUUGGCAUAAAUUGGCUAAAUCGUUGUAA